AUGAGUUUCUUGGAGCCUAGAAAGAAGAAAAAAGUCAUAAAACCAGGACCUAUUGAAUCAAAAGACGGCAUACCUUAUGACUAUAUUGUAGUUAUAGAUGCCGGAUCUAAAGGUUCAAGAGUGUAUGUUUAUAAUUGGUUGAACCCUCUGCAUAUUCUUACCAAUGAUAUAGAUUUGAAUGAAAUAGCCGAGAAUAAGGAAUUCAAAUUGGUCAGAAGAUUUUCCAUUGACAGCAUUGAUGGUAGGGAUGAUGAUGAAGACACUGAUCUGGAAAAUGAAGUGGAAAGUGACAAUUCGGAUAAGGAAAAAGAUAAAGAUAAGGAUAAAAAUGGAGAUAAAGGUAAAGAUAGAGAGACAGACAAAGACAAAGGUAAAGUCAAAGAGAAAGAGAAAGGCAAAGACAAAGGGAAUGAUACAAAUAAAGAUGAUAAAGAGGUGUCGGAGAAAGGUAAUGCUCGAAAAUUACCGUUCGUGGGAUCCCAAAAGAAAUGGAAUAAAAAAAUUAAGCCAGGAAUUUCGUCCUUUAAUUCAAGCAUUCAGAAGAUCGGAAAUCAUCAUUUGAAACAUUUGCUUCAACUAGCAAGUGCUGUGGUUCCUAAAUCCCAGCAUUCUAGAACACCAAUAUUUUUACAUUCGACCGGAGGUAUGCGGUUAUUACCUCCUACAGAACAGCAACAAAUUCUAGACAAUAUUUGCAAAUAUAUAACACAAAAUUCAGAUUUUUUUAUCCCUGAGUGUUCUUCACAUGUUAAUGUUAUAGACGGGGAUGUUGAGGGCUUAUAUGGUUGGCUUUCCAUAAAUUAUUUGAUUGGCGCACUUGACAACCCCCUGAAUCAUCAACAUGGAAAAAACCAUACUACUUAUGGACUCUUGGAUAUGGGAGGAGCUUCGACCCAAGUAGUUUUUCAACCUAAUUCUACGGAGGUUCAGGAACAUCAAAAUAACCUUUUCAAAGUAAAGCUUAUGGAACUUCCUACAUUGACUUCAGAUGAGCAGCAUAAGGAACCAACCAGAAGAAGUGAAAAUUCUAUUGGCAAUUUCAAUGUACCAACUGAGCUCGCCUUUGACGUUUAUUCCGAUUCGUUCUUAGGAUUUGGGAUGUUCCAAGCUCAUAGUAGAUAUUUGUCAUUUUUAACUGAAAAGUAUGCUGAAGAACAUCAGUUGAAUAAUCCCACGUACUAUGGUAGUUCGCACAGUCCAAUUCCAGAUCCAUGCUUGCCAAAGGGCUACACUACUAAGUCAGUUAUUAAUGAAGACUCUGUAGAUUUCACAGGUGAAAGCGAUUUCAACAAGUGUUUGAAAUCAAUUUUUCCUGUAUUACAUAACUCCACACAUAGUACGGGUUCCGGGAAAGAUGAAAAUUGUAAGGAGUUCAAAGACAGCGAUGAAUCUAGCUCGUGUUUGUUAAAUGAUUUGAUUCCAGCAUUCGACUUUGACGUGAAUCAUUUUGUAGGUGUAAGUGGAUAUUGGGAUGCUAUUACUAAUUUAUUGUCAUAUGACGAUAAUAGUAGAAGAGAUUUAUCUACCACAUUAGAUAAAAAACUGAAAGAAAAAGAUACGGCCGAUACUUAUGAUUAUAAAGUGAUAUACAAAGCAACUUCCAAAUUGUGUUCUCAAUCGUUCAGUAGACUUAUUGAGUUGAAUAAUAUAAGACCAGAGAAAAACCAAAUGACUGAAGUGGAGUUGGCCGACUUAUGUUUUAAAUCGUCUUGGAUUUUGAAUUUUUUGCAUCUCGGCUUAGGCUUUCCUAGAUUUGGAAUAGAUGAAUAUGCAGCAGAAAAUAGUCGCUUCAAAUCACUACAGCUAGUCGAAAAGUUGGGAGGCUCGUCUUUUUCAUGGACUCUUGGUAGAGCCAUUCUUUAUGCAAAUGAUGAAUAUGUUCAAGCAUUCAAUAAUUUUACGGCGGAUACAAUUGGAUUAUCCGAAGAGGACCGUAUCACAAACAAAGAUAAGAUACCAAGAUCCGGAUUUUAUCACUCAGCAUCAUCCAGUGUGUUCCAUUUUGGAGCCGAGCAAAAUGGCAUUCUCCCAAGACCCCAGUUCAGCCUUCCUUUAAAAGGUGCUAAAUAUCCGAUAUUUGAUUACGAAACAGAAUACCAUCCUGAUUAUAAGGAAUCUAAAUGGUACAUAGAACCUCAUCGUUGGUACGGAUCGUUGGUUUUCAUGUCAUUAAUAGGCUUCAUAGUGUGGUUAUUGAUAGGUAGAAGUGGUAGAGCUGCCUUGGUUGGUAAAACUAAAACUAAACUCAACAGUAUAAUUAAUUUAGUUACCAAGGGCAGAACCGGUAACGGGUCAUAUUUUAAGCUAAAUAACGAAGUAAGUAAUGAUGGCGACCUAGAGUUAGCAGAUUUUGAAUUAAAUGGACUGAAUCAAAAUCGCCAGAAUAUAUCGCCUGGCACGGAUGACCAUUUUAAGAUUAAUAGUGAUGAAGAUUGA